CUCAAGUUUCUUAGGACAAACACAAGUGUUUUCCUCUGCUCUACUCUUCUUCUACUCUCUCAAUUCAGUUCUCUCUGCCAUCCACUUCUUCGAACAACAAAUAUUCAAAAAGUAUGGAUGGAAUUCAAAGUAAAAGUAGUUUUAGGAACUUCAUGGAGACUGCAAAGCCUUAUAUAGCCAUGAUCUCUUUGCAAUUCGGAUAUGCUGGUAUGAAUAUCAUCACCAAAGUUUCUCUGAAUAGAGGAAUGAGCCACUAUGUGCUCGUCGUUUAUCGACAUGCUUUUGCUACUGCUGUGAUUGCCCCCUUUGCUCUCGUCCUUGAGAGGAAAAUAAGGCCAAAGAUGUCGUUUUCGAUCUUCAUGCAGAUAUUUGUGCUGGGACUUCUUGGACCGGUGAUUGAUCAGAAUUUCUACUAUGCCGGAUUGAAAUUCACAUCCCCUACUUUCUCAUGUGCCAUGAGCAACAUGCUCCCUGCAAUGACAUUUGUCAUGGCAGUUCUCUGCAGGAUGGAGAUACUAGACAUGAAGAAAAUAAGAUGUCAGGCAAAGGUGUUAGGAACCGCGCUGACCGUGGCAGGAGCCAUGUUAAUGACAUUGUACAAAGGAAAAGUAGUCGAAAUGAUAUGGAGCAGCCACGUUCAUCCCCUUAAAUCCUCUGCCCCUGGCGCCCCUGUGGACUCCGAUAAGGACUGGGUUAAGGGCUCUAUUCUUCUUAUCAUUGCUACUUUCGCCUGGGCUUCUUUCUUCAUUCUUCAGAACGUGACGAUGAGACGAUACACGGCUCCUCUGUCACUCACAUCACUCGUGUGCUUCAUGGGUACUCUGCAAUCAAUUGCUGUGACUUUUGCCAUGGAGCACAAACCUAAUGUCUGGCAAAUCGGCUUCGACAUGAACCUUCUUGCUGCUGCCUAUGCUGGUAUUGUAUCAUCUAGCAUUGCAUACUAUGUCCAAGGCUUAGUCAUGGAGAAAAGAGGGCCGGUCUUCGUAACGGCCUUCAGCCCUCUGAUGAUGAUCAUUGUUGCUAUCAUGGGCUCUUUCAUCCUUGCCGAAAAGAUUUUCCUAGGAGGAGUCCUCGGUGCUGUACUAAUUGUGAUCGGACUUUACGCUGUUCUAUGGGGAAAGUACAAGGAAUACAAGGAGAAAGAAGCGGAGGAAUUUCUUGAACCAGUCAAGGAUGUUAAUAAUAACAAUGCUAUGAUGAUGAUCAAAGAUAUUGAAGCCAACAAUGAAGAUGUAAUGCAGAAGAACGAGACUAGAAUUGUCAUGUCACCGGCUGCAUUCGCGAUCAGCGCACCGAUCCCAACUCUGCCAAUGUUGGCGGUGGAAGCUCCGAAGCCAUGAUCACCUGAGAAGGAGUUGAAGAAAGACAGCAAGAAGACGAGAGAGAAAUGAUAGAGGGGCUUUUUUGUACUUUUAUUGUCAGUGUUUUGAACACUUCUCCUUUGUGAUGUUUUACUUCAGAUUUUACUCUUGGUAGAUAUUGUUAGGAUCUUGGGGGUGUCCUUGUUCCAAGCCUAAUAGUAAGACUAGUAUAUAUUUGUAAUGAAAAUUUGCUAUGAGAAACAAAUGCACAACUUUCCUUUUUCUAA